AUGGCGCAGGAAUUCGCACUGGCGUUCCGUCCGCGAUCAGAACUCUUGUCUAACGGUCAAAAAUGUAAGAUCGGCGACAAUGUCAUAAUUUGGGUUUUCCGCACAGUGCGCGGCUUAAUUUUAGACCAUCCAUAUCCUCUUCACCUCUUUCAAGUAGCAAACGGCGCUGCAUAA